AAGGUUGGCAUUCACAUCAAGGAAGCCAGCAAGGAGGAUGUCGGAGAAUAUGAAUGCUUGUUGACAAACCCAUACGGCAAACGCCUUGUGAGAAUUCGGGUGAACUUGAAAGAAGACGAACCCGCAAUUUUCUCACGGAAGCUGAGUGACGUAGAAACGGUGGAAGGACGCGAAGCCCAAUUUUCCGCUACUGUUGACGGCUGCCCUGAACCCGACGUUCAAUGGCACUUUGAAGACAAUCUAUUGGAAAAAUCACUCAAGUACGUGGAAGGACGCGAAGCCCAAUUUUCCGCUACUGUUGACGGCUGCCCUGAACCCGACGUUCAAUGGCACUUUGAAGACAAUCUAUUGGAAAAAUCACUCAAGUACGUGAUGAAACGGGACGGAAAGACCGCGUAUUUGUUUGUCAGGGAAUGCCAGUUGAACGACAUUGGCAAAUACUCGUGCAUCGCCAAAAAUUCCGCGGGAAAAGACUAUUCCUCAGCCCAGCUCCGGGUCAAACCCAAU